ACUAAAUCCAAGAAUCAAGAACAGCCAAACACAUUUUGAAAAAGACAUAUUCUUCUUACUCUUUACCUGAACGUCUUCGCCAUGAAUUCCUACUCCGUUGAAGACAGUUCCAUCAUCUCUAUCGUCGAAAACAUCUCAAAGUUUGAUUCCCCUUCUUUCGCCAACAGUGGCUCUGGGUCACUAGGACCUUGUGAAGUCGGGUCUCCUGGCGGCCACUCCUACAAAGAUUUUUAUCUCAUGGCACAGUAUGUAACGGGGUUGUUCAUCUACCCUAUCCUGUGCAUACUGGGCAUCACCGGCAAUGUCCUCGCCCUGAUCGUGCUAGGUCACCGUGACAUGCUGACCUCCACCAACGUGUACUUGUCGGCCCUGGCCUUGGCGGACACCAUCAAACUUGUCAACGACGCCAUGUAUUUCCUCCUCCUGCUCGUUCUGCAAAGUAGUCCGCAGACUGGACAGGUCAUGAUCAGCUCCGUGUAUCCCUACGCGCACUACAUUUUUAACAUGUCAGUGUGCGUGACGGCCUGGCUGACCAUCUCCGUGGCGGCGGAGAGAUACAUCUGCGUGUGCCACCCCUCCAAGGCGAAGGAGUUGUGCACCAUUCCGCGGGCCCGCCUCAUCUGCUGCUCCGUCUUCGUGUCCAUGAUGGUGUUGUCUAUCCCGUCCGGCCUGCGCUACCGCUUGGAGACAGUCCACGACAGCCUGAACAAUGUGACAUGUCCCAAGGUGGUGCCCACGUCACUGGGACUGAACGAAGAAUUCAUGUUGCCCUACACGUGGAUUCAGAACUCCUUGCGCGGCAUCAUCCCCGUCUUCGUCCUCGUCUACGUCAACGCACGGAUCAUCAAUGAACUACGCAAGGAGCGGGUGAAGGGUAAAAAAUUCUCCGCGCGCAACCGCAUCACCCUCAUGCUCAUCGUCAUCAUCUUCAUGUUCCUCGUCUGCGUCACCCCGGACGCCAUCAUGUCCACCUUCUUCAAAAAGGGGUACGUGGAGGAAGACUACUUGGCGAAAGGGGUGAGGGAGAUCACCGAUUCCCUCUUGGCAGUCAACUCUGCCUUCAACUUCCUGCUGUACUGCUCCAUGAGUCAAGCGUUCCGCGUCACGUUCAUCAAGAUCUUCCUGCCCUUCAAGUGCGGCACGCGGUCGCCAGAAAGAAUCCCCUUGUCGCGCAAAAAUACCAAGACAGACUGCGAGGUAGUGCGAGGUAACGGCUGUUAUAACGACUCUUCACGCGAGACUUACCUUUAGUACAGCGAGACUGCCAUGGGUUCCGCGUGAGUCUAACGUGAUUUCACGAGACUUGUGUUUCUCUGUUAUCUUGCACUAUAGAGCACAACCUUCACUGCAGGGAAUUCAGUGUGACAUGCAAACGUGGGACUUGGUUGACCACGUCACUGAGUUGCUAGUGGCGGCGCUGGAGGACACUGGUGCCUGUAGGGACACCGCAGGUGGGGCGUGCUCUGGACCCUGAUACAACAUUUUCUGUAGUCAAGUCAAAGUCUGAUAGAUGUUUGACACAGUGUCGUGAUGUCGUCCUGAGUUUUAUUUUCGUACUCUGAGCGAUAUGGUGACAACCAUUCCUUAUGAAUUACUACU